UGCUGUCUUUUAAAUGCCGUCUUUUAAAGGUUAAUCUUGAAGUUUUUUGUUGCCUUCUGGUCUGAAGAAUCUCCAGCUGCUCUGAUGAUAGCUUAAGAAGAUUGCAUGCUGUUCCCUCUCAAUGCCAUGCCAGGUCCCCUCGGAACCUCGGAUCUCAGUCCGUCAUGGAGACCAGGUCCCAGCAGGAGUGGCAGUGGAGGAAAUUGGCAUGCAGAUGGUUCCUCCACGUGAAGUGGUCUCGGGCUAUGGGCCGACAGGAGAACACCUGGUAACCAGGCUCACCCUCUGUCAGUCACCCAGGGCAGGGCGGCAUGGUGCGGAUUCAGAGGAGGAAGCUUUUGGCAUCCUGCCUGUGCAUCACAGCUACCAUCUUUCUGCUUGUCACACUCCAGGUAGUGGUUGAGCUGGGAAAAUUUGAAAGGAAGAAGUUUGGAGAUACCAAUCUGCGAGAUGGGCGCGCAAAAAUGGAGGAAGAGCCUACCGGUCCCUACCCUCUCCCUAGGAACGACGCUCUGCCCCUGAAUAGGAAGAAAAUGUUGGAAGCUGACAGCUACCCUGUCAUGCUCUGGUGGUCCCCACUGACUGGGGAAACUGGCAGGCUGGGCCGCUGCGGAGCAGAUGCCUGUUUCUUCACGGUCAACCGGACCUACCUGCAUCAUCCCACGACCAGAGCGCUCCUCUUCUAUGGUACUGACUUUAACAUAGAUAGCUUACCUCUGCCUCGGAAAGCCCAUCACGACUGGGCCCUUUUUCAUGAAGAGUCGCCGAAGAACAAUUAUAAGCUCUUUCACAAGCCAGUCAUCACUUUGUUCAACUACACUGCCACGUUCAGCCGGCAUUCCCACCUGCCACUAACCACCCAGUACCUGGAGGGCAUAGAAGUCCUGAAGUCACACCGAUACCUGGUCCCUUUGCGGUCCAAAAACAACCUUCGAAAAAGACUUGCUCCGCUGGUGUAUGUCCAGUCAGACUGUGACCCGCCGUCAGAUAGGGACAGCUAUGUUCGGGAGCUGAUGACUUACAUUGAGGUCGAUUCCUACGGGGAGUGUUUACACAACAGAGAUCUCCCUCAGCCGCUGAAAACUCCAGCCUCCAUGGAUGCCGACGGCUUCUACAGGAUCGUGGCACAGUACAAGUUCAUCCUUGCUUUUGAGAACGCGGUGUGUGAUGACUACAUCACCGAGAAGUUCUGGAGACCUCUGAAACUGGGGGUGGUCCCUGUGUAUUAUGGGUCCCCCAGCAUCACGGACUGGCUUCCCAGUAACAGAAGUGCCAUCCUCGUAUCCGACUUUUCCCACCCUAGAGAACUGGCGCGUUAUAUCAGGCGGCUGGACGAUGAUGACAGGCGUUACGAGGCCUACGUAGAAUGGAAGCUGAAGGGUGAGAUCUCGAACCCGCGACUCCUCGCAGCUCUCAGGGAACGGACAUGGGGAGUGCAGGACGUCAGCCAGGACAACUACAUCGAUGCCUUUGAGUGCAUGGUGUGCAGCAAGGUGUGGGAUAACAUGAGGCUUCAGGAAAAGGGCUUAACACCCAAAAGGUGGAAGGCAGAUGUCACGCACCUGAGCUGCCCGGCGCCCACGGUGUUUGCUUUCUCGCCGGGGGCCCCUCGCCAGCGCUCCCCGCGAGAGAUGUGGGUCCCCAGCUUCCAGCAGUCCAAGAAAGAAGCCCGGGCGCUGCGGUGGCUGGUCGACAGGAAUCGAAACUUCUCGGCUCAGGAGUUUUGGGGCCUAGUAUUCAAGGACUAAUUUCAAAAGGUGUCGGAAAGAUAUAGAUGGCAGAGUUCUUGAGGCUUAUUUCCUAGGUUGCCUUACUAUUUGAAUAUCAUAGUUACUGUGUGGACUAUCCUUGGGGUAAGAGUUGCUGCAGAACUCACAAUGAGUUCCAUGAAGAGUAGAUAUGAACCACCCUCAGGGGUCACCUCUAUAUUUUUUAUACUAAAAAGGUCAAUACAGUAGCCCCCCCUUAUCUGUAGUUUCGCUUUCCAUGGUUUCAGUUACCUGCGGUCAACCACAGUCUGAAAAUGUUAAGUGGAAAAUCCAGAAAGAAACAGUUUGUAGGUUUCAGAUCCUGGGAGUCCGAGCGGCUGAGGAAGUCUCGCGGGCCCGGCUCAGCCCCGCGGGCCGGGGCCGCCCCUUCCCGGCUUCUCCGGCUGCAGGCGCGCUCUGCGAGCCCCAGGUACCAGGUGGGUGUCUCAUGCUGGCAUUUAAGUCACCCUUAUUUUAGUUACUAAUGUCCCCAGAGUGCAGGAGUAGUGGUGCUGGCAAUCGGGACAUGCCACCGAGAAGCCAUAAAGGGCUGCCUUGCAGUGAAAAGCCAAAAGCUCUCAACUUCAGGCAUUUUAUCAUCUCACAUCAUACGAAGGGUGAGUACAGUGCAAUAAGAUAUUUUGA